AUGCUAACCUCAGCUAACCGCUUUAACUUCCCGCUGCGGCGUUACACGCCGAUAGAAACUCUGAAUAACAGUGACUGCCGCGAACUGACGUUCAGAGGGAGCAGCAGAGAUACUAAACACGAGGUGACGUCUCACUUCGCUCUAAAUCGAGACACCACAAACGGACAAAACGUACAAACGAGGCAGGAGUCUUUUAAUCCCUUGGGCCAUUUCACGUCGUUGGACCCGGGGCUUGAGCCCCGGAAACGUGAGACAGAGAGAAAGAGGAAGUCCUCUCUGUUGGUGGUCCACUCCUGUCCAGCUUUAUGUGCCUGCACUUAUGGGAACACUGGAAUAGCAGAGCUCAGGUUGGUGCAGUGCAGUGACCCUGGAAUCUCAGCUGUUCCCAUUAAUGUCCCAGCUGACACAGUCAAGCUGCGCCUGGAGAAGACCCUAAUCUCCAGGGUGCCCCGAGCAGCCUUCUACAACCUGUCAGAGCUGCGCUUCUUGUGGCUGACCUACAACUCCAUCACAUCAAUCCACCCCAGCAGCUUUGUGAACCUGAAGGCCCUGCGAGAGCUGCGUCUGGAUGGAAACCUCCUGACAGCCUUCCCCUGGGAGGGGCUGAGGGACAUGCCCCGCCUUCAGACUCUGGGCCUCCACAACAACCGUCUGUCCAGCCUUCCUGCCCACGCUGCACUCUUUCUCCCCAACAUCACCUACCUCGACCUGUCCAGCAACAGGCUGACUAUAUUGCCUGCUGAGCUGUUGGACCUUUGGUUUCCUCUCCCUGGUCAACAGGGAGGACCAGUACAAAGAAGAAUUUUGGGUCUCCAUGACAACCCCUGGUUGUGUGACUGCCAGAUCUCCAUGGUGAUGUCACUCUCCAUGUCCCUGGGGAGUCCUGUGGUUCUCAUGGACCAGCUGCUGACAUGCAGCAGGUCUUUGGGUCAGUCAGGGAUGCUGCUGACCCAGGUCCAGCUGUCCCGCUGUAUGAGGCCCUCUGUCCAGCCUGCAGCCACCAGAGUCAUCUCUCCACUGGGCAGCAACGUAAUCCUCCGCUGUGACGCCACUGGCUAUCCAACACCAACUCUGACCUGGAUCAAAACCUCAGCCAAUGCUGAUUGCUGCCAAAAGAACAUCCUUGACAACUCUGAACAGCUACCCAGGAAUUUGGAAAGUUUCAUGCAGGAAUCUCCUCGAGUAGGAGUUCGCUGGUCAAUAAUCAGCCUGAACGGGUUAUCCUACAAGGAUGCUGGUGAAUAUCGCUGCCAGGCACGGAACAUGGCAGGAAUAUCUGAAGCUCCAAUUAAGCUGAAGGUGGUGGGACUCACAAGACUAUCCCGACUCCCAAAAAAGAAGUCCCAGAAGACACCACCCAAGUCAUCAUCAAAAUACAGAAAGCCAAACCAGACUCUAGCUGCCAUCCCCACCCCCUCAAUGAAGGAGAAUCAGAUACUCCAAAACAUUAUACCACCUACCCCAAUUACAUAACAACACCCAGACAGCUUCUGAUCUUGUGUCUAAAGUCUUCCCCAUAGACAAGUACAUUAAGAUGCAAAUGAGACAGAUUCAAGACAGAUCAAGACUCAUCUGAGCGGUCAGACAGCUCAACCACUCGGAUGUCAGAAACACUUGUAUGAGAUACAGUGAAGUUGGUCGGUGUCAGUUACUUCAACAAGGAAAAAUACAACUUAAUUGACUUUUGUAGUUUUAGUGUUUCAGCCCUUGUUGGGUUCAUUCUGCACUUCAAAAUAACACACUGUAUGUUGAUGAGACAUCCAACUUGUUUGCAAAAAUAAAAUGUGUGACACACAGAAAAGUGGAUGUGUCAUGUGUCUGUUGGUGUGACCUGAAAGUUCUCUCAAAGGGGUUUUUGAAACUUGGAGUUUACAACAUGAGUCACAAAUCCAGCCUGAAGGACAAUUUCACAAUGUUUCAAAUAUUUAGAACUCAGUGUUAUAUGUGGGCUGCAAAUUUAGAUUUUUCUUCUGUCUUAGAGCAAUCUUUUAAUUUUCUAGUGGGUUGCAAAAUCUGAGAGAAAUAAUAACUGGCUCUUUAUUUCACAUCUAACAUUGAGCAAAUAAACAUUUUAGUUAGCACCAAGAGCAUUCUGAUUCACAUCUGACACAAAUACAUCUCUUCCUGUCUCAUCCACAAGGAGAAAGCUACAGGUCAAUGACAUGACUCGCAGGUAGGUGCAACAACAGAUAACAGCAAAUCAAACAGAUAAUAACAGAGGAAGAGCAAGAGAUUAAGAGAAAGCCAAUUAUGAUCAACACUAGAAAUCUUCUUUGACAAUGUGACAUGUCCAGUAGAUGGCACCAAUAGAUAAUCUCCAGGUUUUGAAAGAACUCUUGAGAAUUUGAAAGGGACAGUCCUCCUGUGACAUGAGAUUAUUAGCCUUUACUUUCAUGUGUGUCAGUGGCCAUCGGCUGGCUAUUGUCUUGUGGUUCUAUUUGAUUUACUUUGUGUAACAGUCUCAUCAUGCUUUCAGUAGAAAAUCUUUGCCCUGAUAGAAUACAACUUUAUUGUCCACAAAAAAGGAAAAUUGUCUUUGGCAGUUCAUUAA